UAACGUUUCCAUUAGUUUAAAUUCUCCGGUAGUUAAAAUAAACUUUAAGUGUCGUUUCCAAAAAUGUGGUAUUUAUUAGUGUAAAUCGAAAGUGUUUUGUGUUUUCUUUAUGUAACAAAGAAAAAAUAAUUAAUAAGUUUUAAGGAAAUUGUUGUGAACGGGUGAAGAUUCUAUAUAUUUGGCUUCAAAGUGUAUCAACAAUUGAAAAGCAACAUGAAUUAUCAAAAGGGUAUUAAGGAUCCAAAUCUGGAAAGACACUCAAACAAAGGGAAAUCACGUCAUUUUCCGGUAAAUGGUUUAGGUUCAGUUAAUUCUGCUGCCAAUAACGAUACACGUAAUAUUUAUAAUAAUCCUUAUACAUCAUCCUCACUACAACAACAGCAGCAGCAACAACAAUUACGCCAUCAACAACUACAUCAACAGCAGCAGCAAUUGCCACAACAUGUUUAUAAAUCAAUUGCUGGUAGCAGCAUUGGUGGCAAUAGCAAUCAAUACGAUUAUUCAACACCAAAUUUAACAACAGAUCAACAGGCUUCAUCGGCUGCUGUCGUAGCAGCAGGACUUGUAGCAGGUGUUUCCUCCAACAAUACAACAGAAGCGGAAAAUCUUUUUCUCAAUCAUAAUAACGGUAAGCUUGGCAUUAUAUAAAUCACUAAUUUAAGGUAAAAUAAAAUGAUUAUAAAUUCUUUAUUGUA